AUUCUUCAGUGGAGAUGGAGUCAAUUCCUUCCAAGAUUCGGAGCAAAUCCGCCCCGGAUCUUGCUUUCUCCACGCGCUGGGUUUUUCUUUCUUAGUCGUCACAGCCCCUUUCCUCCCUUCACUUUCCAUCAUAUCUCCUGGAAUCCUUUCAUGUGCCUGUAUAUAUACAGCAACUCAACCACACCCUUCAAAAGGCAAACAAAGCCUCUCAUGCCAAGCACGCAUACCUCCCUGCUUUUUUAGUCUCCUCUGCAACUCUUCCGCUCUGCAGCUGCUCGUAGCAUAGCAUCCUCCUCCUCCUCCUCCUAGUCAGGUGCAAGACACACGAGCAGGAGAACAUCUGCUCUCUUGUUUCUUCCAUGGCGGUGGCCACAGAGACCCCGUUCCAUGUCCUGGCCGUGGAUGACAGCCUCCUGGACAGGAAGCUCAUCGAGAGGCUCCUCAAGACCUCUUCCUUCCAAGUCACCACUGUCGAUUCCGGGAGCAAGGCGCUGGAGUUCCUGGGGAUCCACGGCGAGGACAGCAGCCCACCAGUUUCGGAUGCAGACCAGCUGGAGGUUGCGGUGAAUCUGAUCAUCACAGACUACUGCAUGCCUGGAAUGACGGGAUAUGAUCUGCUCAAGAAGAUCAAGCAGGAAUCAACAUCUCUUAGAGAUAUCCCAGUGGUGAUCAUGUCGUCCGAGAACAUUCCUUCAAGGAUCAAUAGAUGCCUGGAGGAAGGAGCAGAUGAAUUUUUCCUAAAGCCAGUGCGGCUAUCAGACAUGAGCAAGCUGAAGCCCCACAUACUGAAAAGCAGAUGCAAGGAGCACUACCACCAGGAACAGCACCAGCAAAGCGACAGCGACAGCGACAGCAACAGCAACGAAUGCAGUAACCCCACGAACAACAGCAGCAGCGAUAACAGCAACAGCCGCAAGAGAAAGGCAGAAGACGACGAAGUUUUGCCCCAGACAAACAGAUCAAGGCACAGUUAGCUGAUUAUAGGAGAAUUAACCCCCCUUUUCUCCCUUUGUUCUUUGUUUUACUUAGAUUUUGGCCUACUGAUUUGUAACACAGGUGUCAACCCUUCAUUUGCAAAAUAUUAUAGACUUCUUGAAUAGAAUCAAGUGAUUCUGCAACAAA